AUGAAGUUGCAACUUCCUAACCGAGGCGUCUAUACUGACCCGGAACAUAAUCUUUUCAUCAAGGAGGCAGAACCUACCCUCGAUCAGAUAAUCGAUGGAUCAAGCUUAGCAGAGGGAGAGGUCACACGAUUAAGUUCGGACGUGCAUUUCUGGAAACAUGGUGGAAUCGGUCCGUGGGUGGUAAACGAUGCGCAUAUCUUGGGGCAUGAGUCUGCAGGCCUCGUCGUCAAGGUCCACCCUUCUGUCACGACACUCGCAGUGGGAGAUCGCGUCGCGAUCGAACCUCACAUUGUAUGCAAGGCAUGCGAACCGUGUCUUACCGGACGCUACAAUGGGUGCAAGAAUCUGCAAUUCCGCUCAAGUCCACCAUCGCAUGGUCUCCUGCGGACCUACGUGAACCAUCCAGCCAUCUGGUGCCACACAAUCGGCGAUCUAUCAUAUCAGAAAGGCGCCUUGUUGGAGCCACUAAGUGUCGCACUCACCGCAGUUACUCGAUCUGGGGUCAGAAUUGGAGAUCCGGUUUUGAUUUGUGGCGCGGGACCGAUUGGGUUGGUGGUGCUGCAAUGCUGCCGCGCUGCUGGGGCGUAUCCCACUGUGAUCAGCGAUGUUAACCCGGCGCGGUUGCAAUUUGCGCGACAGUUCGUGCCUGCUGCUCGAACACUGCAGGUUCGGCCGGAGGAGACCGACAAGGAAUUUGCAGCUCGGGUGGUGCAGUUGAUGGGUGGGGAGGAUUGCGAGCCCGUGGUUGCCCUGGAAUGCACGGGAGUCGAAAGUUCGAUCGCCGGUGCUAUUCAGAGUGUCAAGUUUGGGGGCAAAGUGUUUGUGGUUGGCGUGGGCAAGGAUAAGCUUCAGUUUCCAUUCAUGCGACUGAGCGAGCGCGAGAUCGAUCUGCAGUUCCAGCAGCGCUAUGUCAACAUGUGGCCCCGCGCCAUCCGGGUGAUGUCCAGCGGAGCCAUCGAUCUAGACCAGAUGAUCACUCAUGUCUAUGCCUUUGAAGACGCUCUCAAGGCGUUUCAGACGGCGUCAGAUCCGAGUAGCGGCUCAAUUAAGGUGCUGAUUGAGGGGCCACAAGGAUGA